UUCAAAUGGGGCACAACUGACACGUUUAAUGGCAAAUGCAUGUCGCGUGCACGCACUGACUGUCUCGUGUGUGUCUGUGCCCACUUGGUUUGUCCAUCUUUGAUUCUUGUUUGUAAAGAAGCAUUUAGUUAAAUGUGGAUGCAGAUAGAAAACAGUUGAACUGCGCAGAGAGUUCAGCUCAGUCGAAGCAGGAGCGAGGAGAGGGCAGAAAGCGGAGGGAUCGGUGUCGCUUCUAUUAUGCUCGAUUCGCUCAGUAUUUGCCAACCUAGCCGAUCGGAUCCAUGGUGAAGAGGAAGAAGACGUCGCCCGGCACCGAGGAAUACGAGAAUGGCAUGACACCGGGCUCCAGGGAGGGGAUCGGUGUCGAUGGGCCGAGGAAUCCGACCACGAAGCCCGACGGCUGCGACGAGGAGGAGAGCGGAGAGCAGGCGAGCGAGGAGCGCAGUACAAAGGGAGACGACGGAGUGGAAAUUCUUAAUCCAUCAGCCACGGCGCUCAGCCCCGGUUCAGCCCCGGUGCUCCCCGGCUCUCCGCCGAACCGGACCGGGCUAGCCUCGAGCCCGCAGCCCCACACCUCCGCGGAGUCCGCAGCCCCGUGUCACGACCAGCAUCAUUUUCUCCGGUCGAGCGUUCGACCUCCGAGCAAGCGCAUCCGGAAGGAUUCCAUCGGAUCAGCCAUCAAUGGACACGGCGUGGCCAAGUCGAAAGGCGCAGAGAAUGGCUCGUCCUCCCAGGGUGCAGUGGGGCAGUCGGGGCCGAUGGCCAGCUCCACAGGAGGAGUGUCCAAGGCCUCCAAGGGCCAAGGGUCUGCUGAGAAAGAGGAGCAAGCUGGCAACCAGAAAAGGGCCCGUCGGCAGUGGGAGUCUUGGAGCGCUGAAGACAAGAACAGCUUUUUUGAAGGGCUCUAUGAUCAUGGUAAGGACUUUGAGGCAAUCCAGAACAACAUUGCAAUGAAGUACAAGAAGAGAGGGAAGCCAGCUAACAUGGUGAAGAACAAGGAGCAAGUCCGCCACUUUUACUACCGCACCUGGCACAAGAUCUCCAAACACAUCGACUUUGCCAACGUGUACUCCCGAGUGCUGAAGAAAUCCUCCCAGGAACUUUAUGGUCUCAUCUGCUACGCUGAGCUGCGCAAAAAAGUUGGGGGAUUAAUGGACGAUAAGAACGUGGCAAAGCUGAAUGAACUCAUCCAGCAAGGGGCUACCACCGUACGCUCCAAAGGGAGGAACCUGCGAAUUAAAGCACCCAUGUGCCGUGCACUGAAGAAACUCUGCGACCCCGACGGAGUGAGUGACGAAGAGGACCAGAAGCCAGUGCGUCUACCCCUGAAGGUGGCAGUAGAGCUCCAACCACGCAGUAACCACUCCUGGGCCCGCGUUCAGAAUCUAGCCCACAACCCUCGCCUCAGGAUGGUGGUGGAGCUCCACAGGAAAGUUUCCAGUCUCAUUGACUAUCUGAAACAGAAGUGGGCGCACCAGGACCAGCGGAUCCUCAAGAGUCUCAUGGAGAGAGAGACGUUGGAGGGCAGCCAGUCCAGCACAACGUCUCCUAGUAAAUCACAGCCUGAGGAACUUUUUCUUCUCCCCGCGGAGACCAGCACCCUGACCAUGAUGCCUGGUGUGGCACGUGUGGUUCACUCCAAGGCCUCCUGCACCGUACACUGGCUGGAGAGUGGCAAGAACCGCCCUAAUUCCAAGGAAUUACCAACUGCUCAGAUCCUAGGCAUCCACACUGCUCCACCACCUCGGACUGGCACCAAAUUUGGACGGGGAAGUGGUUCCAUUGCUGCCACUGCCUCUGGUGCUGGUGCCUCAGUGACUGUACUGGGCGAUUCUCGUCGGACUGAGCCCCUUAACCCUGAACCUUCACCAGACAAUUCUGCAAAGGUAGAGGAGAAGAGACCUCUGUCUGUUUCUGAAACUGCUUCCUCUCAACCGACUGUGGCUCCCAGGGAAGAGGACACUGGGCUGGGGCUCUCUGAGGGGGGGCAGACCUGUGCUAGUGUGGAGGCCGAUGGUGGAUUAGCAAUGAUCACGGAGAAGCUGUGUAGUGUUGUAGAGAGCUCAUCUGAGCAUUGCAAGGAGGAGCAGAUCACCAGUGCUCCUUCCCCUGAGGCAAACCAGUCUCCUCUAGCCAAAAGUCCGAUGACUGGCUCAGAGGAAGGAGUGUUGCAGGGCUCUGCACCAGCAGCCAAAGAGCGGACCAUUGAGCAGAUCAGAGAGGAAGGCUGGAGUGCCCGUGACGCAGAGAACGUCACCCUGGCUGAGCUCUACUUGAUGUUUGGAAAACCUGGCAAGCUGCAGCUUGAAUACGACUGGCAGCCUGUGGCAGCUCCUUCUAACAGCCAGGAAAAUGGACAAGCUUUGGCUCAGGCCAAGCCCAACAAGACAAACCGUGUUUUGCGCUGCCUGCUCAAACUGGUUACCACUGAGGUCAAUCCUAAACCUUUGGCACCGGAGCUGUGCUCCACUGCCACAUCACCGCUCAAGACCCUCCAGGAGGAGCAGAACCAGGCCCUCACUCCUCCAGGAAAGGGGCUCGCAACAGGUGUGCGCAGCCCCAGCUGUGGCCGGCAGCAGGCGUCUGUCCGAGGGGCCCGGUUAAACCCGGCAAAUGCUGGAACCUCAGGCGGACGGAGCCUUCCCCGCUCUCUGCUGGGGUCGACAGCCGGCUGCGACUCUGAGGGGGGCGUGUUUGCGGUUCCCACCACGCUGCCCCCCAACAGCUCGCGCCACAACCGAAUGUUCUCCCCCAACAAGGAAGCAGAACUAGCCUUUAGACAGCAGCUGGACUCUAUCAAUAUGCAGUCAGAUCUUUUCCUUUCCAGACAGAGAAAACCUCGGAACAGGCAACUCCGCAAACCCCUCGUAGUUCAGCGCACACUGCUGCCUCGAACUACAGGGGACACUCCUCAGCACGUCUGCUCCUUCUCCAUCCUCUCCAACUCCUCUGCGACAGGAACUGGAUCUUUCCGGCCAAUCCAUGCUCGCCUUGCUCCUACCCCCCGCCCUCCUGUUUCCAAAGUCUCCCCCAGCUCUGCAGCAGCCAGCCAACUCUCCAGUGCCAUCGACCUGGCAGCCAAGUCUGCAGGCAUCAUCCCCGGCAGCCCCUGUCGGAAUCUGGAUUCUCCCACUCUCGACAACGGCACUUUGCUCUCCAGCGAACCCAUUACAGAGGCUGAACCAGACUCUCAGCUCCUCCAGGAAAACGUCCCAGAGCAGAAUGGUUUGCAUCCACCAUCUCCUGGAGCGACUGGUGGGGGAGACUCGCUCCUCUCUCCACCCAGUGUCGCCUCGCUCCUGGACAUCUCGCUGCCUGGGCCCCCCGAAGAGGCUCUGGCCCCCGGAGGCCCUCAAACGCACAUCAGUGACUCCAUCAUCGAGCUCGCCAUCAACUCUGGUCACUACGGUGGUGAGGAGGCGACUCUCUCUCCAGCCAAGCUGAGCAGCAACGACGGCUCCAAACUUUUGGCCUCUUCUCCCUCAGUCAGCCCGUCCCGAGGCUGGAUCCCAUCCCCCAGCCACGACCCCCAGUGGUACCCCAGCGACUCCUCUGACUCCGCACUGGGAUGCCUCCUCUCCAGUAUGGUGUCGCCUGAUAAAGGGAGGCGGACCACGCUCACCCCCUCCGGCCCCUCCAGUGGCACAGCUUUGCUUGGUCCAAGCCUCCUGGACUGCAACUCCCAUGAUUCCUUUCAGUCCCGGGGUCUUCCUGACGUGGCAGAGAUGGACUCUCAGCUUGCUUGUAUGAUGAGUGAAAGCAGCGUGGACUACAUCGCCCGCUUCAGUGACCUGGCUCAGGAGCUGGCUGUGACCGAGCGCUCCAUCCCGCCGCCCUGAGGAGGAGAGGAGCACCACACCACGGCCAUCUGGAGGACAAGUCCCAGAGUGGCCCAGGAACGGGUCUCUCCCCGAUGGCAAGACUGUUGUUUCCUCUCUUGCUUCUACAUUGUGGAAAAGGCAGUUGUGGAGAAAAAGCCCAGCCCCUAAAGCCAUCCCUGCCCCGUUUGUUUAAGUGCAAUAAUGACAGUGAACCUUGACCAUUGUUCAAAGUAAAAAAAAAAAAAAUGCAUUGGUUUCACUGGACUGUUCUUUAAGGUGAAACGCCCUUUAAAAAACAAACACUUAAGAAAAAACGAAAAAAACGCGUUUACAAAACACAACCUCAUGUACAGGAAGAUACAAUGCCAUAUCUGAACAAAAUAUUUCCACUGAUCUUACGUCUGCUCAUGAUCUUUGAGUGUGUGCAAGCGUUUGUGUGUGUGUGUGUGUGUGUGUGCUUCUGUCAUCUUUUCUCUCAGUUCGACCUCCAAAAUGUGUAAAUCCUCCAUAAUGUGCAGUUGAGGUCCCAGUCGGUGGCAAACAGCUGCCGGAAGGCGAUCUUUUUUGGGGGGAAAGUGGAGCAUGAAGACGUAAAUUCCUUUGCUCCUGCCCUACAUUCUACAUGCUCUUCAUCUCAGUCAGUUCAGGUAUCAUUGGUUACAUUGGAGGAGCAGAGCCUGCUGUGUUUGUUUGGAGUCAGUUUUUUUUUUUUUUAUUUCAGCCACGUGCAAAAUGGCAGCUUCUGUCGCUUGGAUACAUUUUUUUGGCAGCACUAAAGAUUUGAUCGUCUGCAGCUGCUUCCUUGAAUUUCUUUAUCUGAAUUUCCAGUGGAGUUUAAAACAUCAUUGUCCGAUGCUGCCAUAACAUUUUCAUAGAUUUUAACGUGUUUCCAGAUUAUAAUGAAGACAACAGACUUUAGGUUUGUUUGUUGUUCGCUAAGGUCGCUAAGAAAUAACAUUUUUCAGAUAUUUAACUUGCAGCUGCGGUGUCUCAGUUUUACAUAUUGAUAUACUCAGACAUUGUAGUUUGAAUAACAUGGCGUUUGGACUCAGCUACAGAUUAAGUAACAUUGCUCAUUUUACUAUUUUGCAGUCAUAAAAUGAGCAACUGUAAUUUUCACUUUUAGAUAUUUGUUUUAAAUUGAAUUGCAUUCAUUUUAAAUUUCAAAUGUCUGACUGACUUUUCAGUUAAUAUCACACUCCAGUUGAAAUAAUUAGUAUAUUACGAAAUCAAACACUGAGGCUGUAGUGGACACUCUGCUUAUACUAAGUUUUAAAGUCACUCUUGACUUUACAUUGUCCAUCGAUGAGUGUUGAUACUGGGCCAUCGUCGCUCUCACCUCAGGCCGCUCUGAACCUGAUGCUCUUUUUUUUGGGGGUGUUUUACUCCGUUGAUGUAGUUUCUCUGUUGUUCACAGGGACUACAACAUGUACCACGUUAACUCCAGACUCUGAAUUUCAAUUACCAGCAUCAUCGAUAUGCAGUAUUGAUAACAUAUUGCCUCAUCAACAGGUUUUAACUUCGUCUCUGUUCGUGUGAAUUGUUGGGAGAAUUCUGGUCAUUCCACAAAUGGGAUUUAAAAAAGAAUGUUGGUCUCCUUCAAGCUCCCUCCACGGUUUUGACCCUUCACUUUAAAACCUGUCGUGGCGCUGAUUUGUUAGAGACGUUUGAAAAAGGUUUCAUCUCCUCACACCAGAAAAGAAACGAAGAUGUUCUUCAUGAAGAAAUAAACAGCAGGUUUUGUCUUUGAAUCUGGCUUUUUUCUUGGUUUUUGUUUUGUUCAAGGAUUUAUUUGUACAAAUGGCAAUUCCAGUAUUGACUGCGCUUUUGUAACAUAUUGUAAAUUGUUAUUUGGACUAUUUAUUGGAAACAUUUCUGAAAAAAUGUUUUCUCUUUAACUUAAUAAGACGACGUCUAAAAAGGAAAAAACCUGUUGUUUAAAAUGUUCCGUUUGUAAAAGGUGUUUUUAUUCUCUGUAUAAAGAUAGUUAUAAAAA